GAGAUCUCACUUGCAGAGUGAGCAUCUGUUUGCUUUUUCCUUAAUUUGAUUUGAGUGAUAACGGGAUAUCAUCAGAACUUUGCAUGCUGGUCAAACCUCACUUGCUGGAUUUUAUCUCUUUAGGAAGUAGUGUUGAUAAAUGCAAUGUAGUACAAGCCAUUGCAUGGUUUGGAUGUGCCCGUCACCAAGAAUUUUUGUGUAUUGGUUUACAGCGGGUGUUUUAGUGUCUUAGUAGAACUUAACUUCCUUUUCAGCAGUUGAGCUUGUGGUUUUUACUCUUGUUCUGACUGUUUUGGGUGCAGUUAGCAAGAGGAGCAGCUUCCAAAGGAAGUUUUAUCAUGCUGAGUCUUGUGUCAUUUAGAGCCGUGUCACAUCCAAGGUGUUAUCAGUAAUAUUAGUGUCUGUGAUGAGUGGCACUGGCAAUAAUAAUUUUGGUUUCAUAGAGUCACUAUUGUUUCUGCAGUGUCUUAUCUCACCUUUUAUUUUUUUCCCACAAUCUUGGAGGCAAUAAAUUAAUUUAGUUCAAAACUUUCCUUGUAAUGAAGACGUUUGACACCUUCUAGCUCUGCAUUCCUUGCCCUGGUGGGUGUGCACCAGUUCAUCUCAAAGUCCUCCUGCCUUAGGUGGGAAGCGCCCUUCCAGCCAGCACUCCUGUGUUGCUGGGAAAUCUGCCUUGAAGCUGUACUCAAUUUAGUUACUUAUAUAUAUUAACUGUGUUACAUACGAAGGCUGCUUCAAAAGUGAUGCCUCCCAUUUUAUCAUAUUGGCCCAUGGCGUCAAAGGCGGACAUUGGUGGAAUGGCAGUAGAGGCUGAACCUUCCCACCAAUAUCCUGCUAUGUGUUGUUGCUGUGUGACAGAUGGCAGCAGAGGGGCACGCUGACACAUUGGUGCCUGAUGUGGAAGUGCAUAUGAAGCAGAGGUGUGUCAUUGAAUUCCUCCAUGCAGAACAGAUGGCACCCACUGACAUGCAUCAGCGCUUACUGAAUGUUUAUGGAGACCAAGCACUGGAUGUGUGCACAGUGAGCUGAUGGAUGGUGCGAUUCAGCAGUGGGAACAGCAACAGUGGGUGAGCUCUGCUCGUGCAAAUUGCUGUGAGUGCAGCAUGCAGGCUCUUGUUCAUUGCUGGUGAAAAUGCAUAGCUAACGAUGGUGACUACGGGAAAAAAAAAAAAGUGUUUUGUAGCUGAGAAAUUGUUCUAUCAAAUAGUGUUGUGCUCUUUGUAGCUGUUGUAGCUUCCAUGGAAAUAAAUAGGAGGCAUUACUUUCAGAAUGACCGACCUACAUGUUUUAUAUGAGGCCCAAGACAAUUCCUCUUCUCUGAGUGCAGCGCAGAGGUUGGACACCACGUACUAACAAGCAGCAGUGAGCAGUGCUGGUGCAGAUGCUGGGAGGUGUGGGGCUGUUCAGCUCCUCCAGUGCUCUCCCUCAUGGUGUUAAGUCCCUGAAUCUUGGAUGAUCAGAGGAUAUUCAGACUGCCUCUUCACAGCCUGUUUGUGCUUCUCUUGGUUGCUUACAGUAUCCCAUGGAGGAAAAACUUAAUUUUAGUACUAUAAUUUGAAUCUUUACAGACUGAAAAGGGUCAUAAUAUAUAUUUUUUGCCAUAUCUGUCUUCUGAAAGGAAGGGAAGAGACAUUUCAAAGCUAGAAGUGCAGCAGGUUGAUUGCAGAGCUUAGGGAGAGAGGGUCUGUUUGUUUCAAACCCAGUUCUACUUAAAUUGAUCACUCAGGAGUGGAUAGUUCCCGUUUGCAGUAUGCGGUCGCCUCUGAUGGGAACACUCGUGGUCUGGGGACCUUCUCUCUGGCAGCGUGGGGGAUCUGCAUCAGGAGCAGUCACUGAAAUGCCCGAGCUGAGGACAGUGCUGGGUGAGGUUUGUCCCUGCCGUGCCUGUGAGUGGCCUCCUGAACUGAAAUUCCCUUGUGGGUCUCUUACCACCGUCUGUUUUUCACUAGGGCGUGCGUGUGAUGCUUUGCAUAUAGUGGAAGCUGAUGUAAAGGAAACGUUUGUGCAAAAAAUGUAAUGAACAGGGGUAGGCUGUGGAUUGCUUGGCACUGCGAUCAUCAGUUGUUACCAGAGCCAGUAAAGAAACACUGAAAAAGUGAUUUCCAUUCCUGAAAGAUUGCUGUUUAAUGCCAAAUCACUGUGAAAUGGCUACUGCUCUCUUCUCAUAUAUGUGCAGCAAAAUCUGGCUCUGUAAUUAAUGCACAGCUGACUGCCAGCUUUAAAGGGAAAUAUUCCCCUCAAUCCAUCAUGGCACGUCUCAGCAAGGCCACACCGUGCCUGUGCCAACCAGGGACAGAGAGAACAGAGGCACAAAACCAGCCCAGAUACCAAGAGCUACUGCUCUGUGGCUGACCCGAAGUGGAGUACACCACAGGAAAGGUCAUGGCUGCGCAGGAUGGGAAGCAAACUGCUGGGACAGAGGGUGGCAGGUUCUCUGCGUUCCUCCCUGCCCUGCUGGGGCCAGGACACCUGCUAGGGAUGGCGAGGAGCGUGGAAAGCACUUACACUGGGCGGGGCAGGUUUCCUCCUGAGCCUGACUCUGCCCUUGAGAGGAAAGCUUUGCUAUGAAUGGAGAGAUAUCUGUGAGAUAAUGAUUCCCAACAGGAUUGUAAGAUAAAAGUGCUUUGUAACAGAUUGGGUUGUUGCCUUGCUGGUCAUAGUGCAGGCUGUGGCACCUCAGCCACAGUUUUUAAUUCUUUUUAUUCUAAUACUGUUACAUCCACUGUUAAAUUCCUUACUUUACUGGUAGCAGAGCUUGCAGAUGCUUUGCAUGUGAAACUCUUAUCAGCAUCAUUGGCUGCAGUUUCCUUUAGGAGCCCCCAUGAUCUUUAUCUUGCAGAAACGACCUUAAUCUUAAUCUUGAAACACCUUAACAUCUUGUGUCCAGGUAACUUCUGUAAAAGUAGCUGCAGCCCCUCAACCAGUGUCCUGGCAGCAGUCCCUACCAGACUUUAAGAAAGAAAAUAAGGAAUCAAGCUGGGAUCUAUUGUUUCACACCCAGUGUGCAGCAACCACAAGUACGUGACAGCAGAGCGUAGCAGGCAGUGGUGUGCAAGGACCUGGGUGUUGCUUUCCUGGGCUUUUGCCUUUUUCGUACCCGUUUGAGCUUUUUCCUCCUACACGACCCAGAUUUCAGUUAUUUGUAAUUGAAAUAGGUGUGAGGUGCUUCCUAUUCACUGCAAUAUGCAAUUUGGUAACUUCAUAUUAUCUUUUAUGCAGCCUGGUAAUUUCAGAUUAUAUUUGCUCAUAGAGAAAUAGUGAAUCCUUCCUCACCAGCACAGCUGUGGGAAUGGCUCUCUGCCAUUCAGGACUCUGCAGGCUUCUGAUGUCUCAUUUUCACCUGUCACAUUUCACCCCCAGAUCCCAAUCAAGUUUUGCUCUCGUGGAAAAGCAGUUUAAUUCCUGUAGCCAUCUUUGUUUCUCUUCUCUGCAUCACUUCUCAUACAACUAUGACGUUUCCAAGAAACAGGAUCAGUAAUGGGGAUGUGAGUGAACUGUCACAUCCUACGUGAUGCUUCCUUCCUUUCUCCCUUUCUCUCCCAGUCACUAAUGCUCUCUUCCUGACCUGACGUUACCUUGGAGCUGUCUGUACGACUCUCAGGUUUGUCCCGUGAGGGGCAGUUAGCACACUGCCUCUGUGUGGAGACUUUCUGUGAAUCCCAACUUCUUGCAUGUUUGAACCCUUCAGGAAAGUAUUUAGGGAAGCAGAUCACAGAGUUGGUUUUGAAGCCAACGUUCCUCGUUCUUGCCUUCUCAAAAGAAGCCCAAGAUAGGUCCAAUACCCAGGACCUGAGCCUGGAAACUGUGUUAAACUUUCCGAAUCAAACAGAUUGCACUAGUGCUGUUUUCCCCUUGGGUUGGACCCGUUGGCUUGCAGGCCACAGGAGCAGCGAUCACUUCAUCUGCAGAUGAAAGUGAGGAGGGCGGCAGGCUCAGAAAAUGGCAACAGGAUUUUCAAGCUCCUCCCCAGUCCCGUGUGGUCCAGCUAGCUGCUGCCACCUGUGCACAUCUGUUUUCCUGCAUGUCUGCCCUGCCUGCAUGCAUAUCUGCAGGCGGGACAGCGCGGCACGAACCCGGCAGAUGGAGCUGUUCGACAGGGAGAGAGCUUCGUGUGGCCGGGAACCGGGAGCAGAAUGAGUUGAGCGAAGGAUGAAGCUGUGCUGCUGGUGUCCUGCCUCUGUGGCAUUGCACAGCGUGAGGAUGGCAGGCAGGCAGCAGUUGUGCCCGUGGGCAUUGCAGCCACCGGCAGCAGUAACACGUAGAAAGAUCUGGUCCGGCGUGAACUCUGGUUGUGUGGCUGUAGCGAUUCCAGGACUUACAUCCUAUACAUCUGCCAGCACUACAGAGUUACCAGGUGGCAGCAGUGUCUGCCCUGUAAUGGCCGUGACUUAUUUUGCACAGUUAAACGGGAAGAAAAACCUGAGCUACAGCAGCAUUACAGUUAUUAGUUCUCUGUUUCUGUCGCGUUUGUGCACAUGGAAUGGACACUGAGAACUGCAGAAUCAAAGUUAACCCUCUGAGUUGUGGUUGAUUGAUUGCUGUCAAAUCUGAUGGUGUAUCUGCAGUGAACCCACCUGUCUGACAGAACUGAGGAUGUGGCCACACUGACACACCUGCACUAACCUGCUGUCCUACCCAACCCCAAGGACUGCUGCUUCUCUCAGAUGAUCUGUGUAAGUUUCCCUUCAUUGAGAAAAAUCAGCUGCCGGGUAGAGGAGCUCCCAUGCCUUUUUCUCCUGUUUUUUUCCUACAGACCUACUCGGGCCUCUUCUGUGUCACUACAGAAGAGUGACACAGAAGAGGCCCUACAAGUGGCUGCCGGUGUACAACCCGGAGGUGGUGUUGGCCUACCGAGGCAAAAAGCGCCAGGAGGCCCCUCCACACAUCUCCAUCUCUGACAACGCCUAUCAGUUCAUGCUGACCGGUGAGCUGUUUGAAUUUGACCAGUGUUAGAAACACUUCUUCUGCCAAAUGCCGCUUCUGCCUGCCAGGGGCUCGCUUGCCUUGAAGCCAUCUUCUGCAGUGUGCUACCUCAGUGCCUCAUUCUGUGUCAUCUUGCAGAUUUUCUACUCAGGCUCCCAGCUAUUGUACUGUGGAGUUAGGCAUGCCUUUCUUGUUUCUAGGUGAUGCAAAACCUGCUUUUGACUGCUUUCCCUGUCUCCUGAAAAAAUAGGCUUUUAUUUUUUAAUUGCUGAGCUAUAAUUGUAUGGCACAAUUUCUGCAUUUCUGGUCUAAGCAUGAAGUUGGACACCAUAAGAGGAUCCAUGGCAAAAGGUGGGUGCAGUUAGGUAGCACAUACUGCCUGGUUUGCUGAUAGGCAUGUGGCUUGAGGCAACUGCAGGUAGGUUCAGAACAGAGCUGGAAGGAACAUUUUCUCCAAAAUACAUGGUUUCGGUUUGAAUUAAGUCCUGUCCCAUAUUAAAUAACAAUAAAGAAGGUAAAGAGUGGUAAAGACAGAAGCAAAGAGGAGAGCACAGGGUGGAAAAAGGGAGAGAAGACAAAAAGUGGAGUACAGCAGUAGAAAAGAGGAGGAGGGAAAGAGUAUACAUCUUCUCAGUUUUGCUUGCAAGGUUUUUGGUUCUCUCCCUUUGUGACCAGGGUCGCUGGUUCCCUACUGCUUCUCUGCUGCAGUUCUUUUUCCCUUUGCCAGGUGUGAAUAUCAGUCAAUCCUAAUCACGUAAGUAGAUCUGUCCUUUGACCUUUACCUCCAACAAAAAGCAGGUGUAUAAUGCUUUGCUCCAUGCUUGCUUUCAGCAGUGGAGAAUCGGGAGCAGGGAAGACUGAACGCAAAGCGUGUCAUCCAGUACUCUGCAGCAAUCACAGCGAGUGGAGACCUGGCAAAGGAGAAGGAAUCCUGGAUGAAGCACUGACCAGCUGCCAGGCUGCAAGCCACCCAUCUGGUGUCACAAGAGAGUAUUCUGCUGAGGUGUCUUCAGUGAAGAGCAGGCAUGACUUCUUCAGAUGCUGAGAUGGCUGUCUUUGGGGAGGCAGCUCCCUACCUCCGAAAGUCAGAGAAGGAAAGAAUCGAGGCCCAGAACAAACCUUUUGAUGCCAAGUCAUCUGUCUUUGUGGCCCAUCCAAAAGAAUCCUUUGUGAAAGGGACAAUCCAAAGCAGGGAAACAGGGAAGGUCACCGUCAAGACUGAAGCGGGAGAGACUCUGACUGUGAAGGAAGAUCAGGUCUUCUCCAUGAACCCUCCCAAGUAUGAUAAAAUUGAGGACAUGGCCAUGAUGACCCACCUCCACGAGCCCGCUGUGCUGUACAACCUCAAAGAGCGUUAUGCAGCCUGGAUGAUCUACACCUACUCGGGCCUCUUCUGUGUCACUGUCAACCCCUACAAGUGGCUGCCGGUGUACAACCCGGAGGUGGUGUUGGCCUACCGAGGCAAAAAGCGCCAGGAGGCCCCUCCACACAUCUUCUCCAUCUCUGACAACGCCUAUCAGUUCAUGCUGACUGACCGUGAGAAUCAGUCGAUCCUGAUCACCGGAGAAUCCGGAGCAGGGAAGACUGUGAACACGAAACGUGUCAUCCAGUACUUUGCAACAAUUGCAGCUAGUGGGGAGAAGAAGAAGGAGGAGCAGUCCGGCAAAAUGCAGGGAACACUUGAGGAUCAAAUCAUCAGUGCCAACCCGCUGCUGGAGGCCUUUGGAAAUGCCAAGACUGUGAGAAACGACAACUCCUCACGCUUUGGUAAAUUCAUCAGAAUCCAUUUUGGGGCCACAGGCAAACUGGCUUCUGCUGACAUUGAAACUUAUCUGCUGGAGAAGUCCAGAGUCACUUUCCAGCUCAAGGCAGAAAGAAGCUACCACAUUUUUUACCAGGUCACCUCCAACAAGAAGCCAGAGCUAAUUGAAAUGCUCCUUAUCACCACCAAUCCGUAUGACUACCCUUUUGUGAGUCAAGGAGAGAUCACUGUCCCCAGCAUUGAUGACAAGGAGGAGCUUAUGGCUACAGAUAGUGCCAUUGACAUCCUGGGCUUCACUGCUGAUGAAAAGACUGCCAUCUACAAGCUGACGGGGGCUGUCAUGCACUAUGGGAAUUUGAAGUUCAAGCAGAAACAACGAGAGGAGCAAGCGGAGCCAGAUGGCACAGAAGUUGCUGACAAGGCUGCCUACCUGAUGGGUUUGAAUUCAGCUGACAUGCUCAAGGCACUGUGCUACCCUCGAGUCAAAGUUGGGAAUGAGUAUGUGACCAAGGGUCAGACUGUACAGCAGGUGCACAAUGCUGUAGGUGCUCUGGCAAAGGCUGUCUAUGAGAGGAUGUUCCUGUGGAUGGUUGUUCGUAUCAACCAGCAGCUGGAUACCAAGCAGCCCAGGCAGUACUUCAUUGGUGUCCUGGACAUUGCUGGCUUUGAGAUCUUUGAUUUCAACAGCUUUGAGCAGCUGUGCAUCAACUUCACCAAUGAGAAACUGCAACAAUUCUUCAAUCACCACAUGUUUGUGCUGGAGCAAGAGGAGUACAAGAAGGAAGGCAUUGAAUGGACAUUCAUUGACUUUGGGAUGGACCUGGCUGCUUGCAUUGAGCUCAUUGAGAAGCCCAUGGGCAUCUUCUCCAUCCUGGAAGAGGAGUGCAUGUUCCCCAAGGCAACUGACACCUCUUUCAAGAACAAGCUCUAUGACCAGCAUCUGGGCAAGUCCAGCAACUUCCAGAAGCCCAAGCCUACCAAAGGAAAGGUUGAGGCCCACUUCUCCCUAAUACACUAUGCUGGCACAGUGGACUACAACAUCACUGGCUGGCUUGAGAAGAACAAGGACCCCCUGAAUGAAACUGUCAUUGGGUUGUACCAGAAAUCUUCACUGAAAACUUUGGCCUUACUGUUCGCCAACUAUGGUGGAGCAGAAGCAGAGGCUAGUGCUGGUGGUGGCAAGAAAGGUGGCAAGAAGAAAGGUUCUUCUUUCCAGACUGUCUCAGCUCUUUUCCGGGAGAACUUAAACAAGCUGAUGACCAAUCUGAGAAGCACCCACCCCCAUUUUGUACGCUGUAUCAUCCCAAACGAAACAAAAACACCUGGUGCCAUGGAACACGAGCUGGUUCUGCACCAACUGAGGUGUAACGGCGUGCUCGAAGGGAUCAGAAUUUGCAGGAAAGGAUUUCCCAACAGAGUCCUGUAUGCAGAUUUUAAACAGAGAUACAAAGUAUUAAAUGCAAGCGCUAUUCCAGAGGGACAGUUCAUUGACAGCAAGAAGGCUUGUGAGAAACUGCUUGGAUCCAUUGAUAUAGACCACACUCAAUAUAAAUUUGGUCACACCAAGGUGUUCUUCAAAGCUGGGCUGGUUGGCCUUUUGGAGGAGAUGAGGGAUGAGAAGCUGGCACAGCUCAUCACUCGCACACAGGCCAGGUGCAGGGGCUUCCUGAUGAGAGUGGAGUACCAGAAAAUGGUGGAGAGGAGAGAGUCCAUCUUCUGCAUCCAGUACAACAUUCGUGCAUUCAUGAAUGUCAAGCACUGGCCUUGGAUGAAGCUGUUCUUCAAGAUCAAGCCCCUGCUGAAGAGCGCAGAGUCUGAGAAAGAAAUGGCCAACAUGAAGCAAGAGUUUGAGAAGACCAAGGAAGAGCUGGCAAAGUCUGAGGCAAAGAGGAAGGAGCUGGAGGAGAAAAUGGUGAAGCUGGUGCAGGAGAAAAAUGAUCUCCAGCUCCAAGUGCAGGCUGAAGCUGAUGCUUUGGCUGAUGCCGAGGAAAGAUGUGACCAGCUCAUCAAAACCAAAAUCCAGCUGGAAGCCAAAGUAAAGGAGGUGACUGAACGUGCUGAGGAUGAAGAGGAAAUUAAUGCUGAGCUGACAGCCAAGAAGAGGAAACUGGAGGAUGAAUGCUCAGAGCUGAAGAAAGAUAUAGAUGACCUGGAGUUAACAUUGGCCAAAGUUGAGAAGGAAAAGCAUGCCACUGAAAACAAGGUGAAAAACCUCACAGAGGAGAUGGCAGCCCUGGACGAGACCAUUGUGAAGCUGACAAAAGAGAAGAAAGCCCUCCAAGAGGCCCACCAGCAGACACUGGAUGACCUGCAGGCUGAAGAGGACAAAGUCAAUACGCUGACCAAAGCUAAAAGCAAGCUGGAGCAGCAAGUGGACGAUCUGGAAGGGUCCCUGGAGCAAGAGAAGAAACUGCGCAUGGACCUUGAGAGAGCUAAGAGGAAACUUGAAGGAGACCUGAAGUUGGCCAAUGAUAGCAUAAUGGACUUGGAAAAUGAUAAACAGCAGCUGGAUGAGAAACUGAAGAAGAAAGACUUUGAAAUCAGCCAGAUCCAGAGCAAAAUUGAGGAUGAGCAACUUCUGGGCAUGCAGUUACAGAAGAAGAUCAAGGAGCUGCAGGCCCGUAUUGAGGAACUGGAGGAGGAAAUUGAGGCAGAGCGAACCUCUCGGGCAAAAGCAGAGAAGCACCGGGCUGACCUCUCCAGGGAGCUGGAGGAGAUCAGUGAGCGCCUGGAAGAAGCAGGAGGGGCUACGGCAGCUCAGAUUGAGAUGAACAAGAAGCGGGAGGCAGAAUUUCAGAAGAUGCGCCGUGACCUCGAAGAGGCCACGCUGCAGCACGAAGCCACGGCUGCUGCCCUGCGGAAGAAGCAUGCGGACAGCACAGCGGAGCUUGGGGAGCAGAUCGACAACCUGCAACGAGUCAAGCAGAAGCUGGAGAAGGAGAAGAGUGAGCUGAAGAUGGAGAUUGAUGACUUGGCCAGCAACAUGGAAACUGUCUCCAAAGCUAAGGCAAACCUGGAGAAGAUGUGCCGCACUCUGGAAGACCAACUAAGUGAAUUAAAAACAAAGGAUGAGCAGAAUCAACGCAUGAUCAGUGAUCUCAGUGCUCAAAGAGCUCGCCUGCAAACAGAAUCUGGUGAAUACGCACGCCAGGCAGAGGAAAAAGAUGGUUUAAUUUCUCAGCUGUCCAGAGGGAAACAGGCCUUCACCCAACAGAUUGAAGAACUGAAGCGGCAACUAGAAGAAGAAAUAAAGGCCAAGAACGCCCUGGCACACAGCUUACAAUCUGCCCGCCAUGACUGUGACUUGCUCCGGGAACAAUAUGAGGAGGAGCAGGAAGCCAAGGGUGAGCUGCAGCGUGCCCUGUCCAAGGCCAACAGCGAAGUGGCCCAGUGGAGAACCAAAUAUGAGACGGAUGCUAUUCAGCGCACAGAGGAGCUGGAGGAGGCCAAGAAGAAGCUGGCACAGCGCCUGCAGGAUGCAGAGGAACACGUUGAAGCUGUGAAUGCCAAAUGCGCUUCCCUGGAAAAGACAAAGCAGAGGCUGCAGAAUGAGGUGGAGGACCUGAUGAUUGACGUGGAGCGAGCAAAUGCUGCCUGUGCAGCUCUGGACAAGAAGCAGAAGAACUUUGACAAGAUCUUGGCAGAGUGGAAGCAGAAGUACGAGGAAACGCAGGCUGAGCUGGAGGCCUCCCAGAAGGAGUCUCGCUCCCUCAGCACGGAGCUGUUUAAGAUGAAGAAUGCCUACGAGGAGUCCCUGGACCACCUGGAAACGCUGAAGCGUGAGAACAAGAACUUGCAGCAGGAGAUUUCUGACCUCACGGAGCAGAUUGCAGAGGGAGGAAAGGCGAUUCAUGAGCUGGAGAAGGUCAAGAAGCAGAUUGAGCAGGAGAAAUCUGAAAUCCAGGCUGCUCUGGAGGAAGCUGAGGCCUCCCUCGAACAUGAAGAGGGGAAGAUCCUGCGCCUCCAGCUGGAGCUCAACCAGGUCAAGUCUGAGAUUGACAGGAAGAUAGCAGAGAAAGAUGAGGAAAUUGACCAGAUGAAGAGAAAUCACCUCAGGAUUGUGGAGUCCUUGCAGAGCAGCCUGGAUGCUGAGAUCAGGAGCAGGAACGAAGCCCUGCGGCUGAAGAAGAAGAUGGAGGGAGACCUGAAUGAAAUGGAGAUCCAGCUGAGCCAUGCCAACCGUGUUGCUGCAGAGGCGCAAAAGAACCUGAGAAACACACAGGCAGUGCUGAAGGAUACCCAGAUACACUUGGACGAUGCUCUCAGGACACAGGAAGACCUGAAGGAGCAGGUGGCCAUGGUGGAGCGCAGAGCAAACCUGUUGCAGGCUGAAAUUGAGGAGCUACGGGCAGCCCUGGAGCAGACAGAGCGCUCCAGGAAAGUGGCUGAGCAGGAGCUUCUGGAUGCAAGUGAGCGUGUGCAGCUCCUCCAUACCCAGAACACCAGCUUGAUCAACACCAAGAAGAAGCUAGAAACAGACAUUGCCCAAAUUCAGAGUGAAAUGGAAGAUACCAUCCAGGAAGCCCGCAAUGCUGAAGAGAAGGCCAAGAAGGCCAUCACCGAUGCGGCCAUGAUGGCAGAAGAGCUGAAGAAGGAGCAGGACACCAGCGCCCACCUGGAGAGGAUGAAGAAGAACCUGGACCAGACGGUGAAGGACCUGCAGCACCGUCUGGAUGAAGCAGAGCAGCUGGCCCUGAAGGGAGGCAAGAAGCAAAUCCAGAAGUUGGAGGCCAGGGUGCGGGAGCUGGAAGGAGAGGUUGAUGCUGAGCAGAAGCGCAGCGCUGAAGCCGUGAAAGGUGUGCGCAAGUACGAGAGGAGGGUGAAGGAGCUGACCUACCAGGUAAGGCAGACGGCAUCUUCGUGUUGACACAUCCUUCUUACAGAAAGUUAAGGCAUUUUUCCAUGACGUCCAAGAGGAAAUGUCAUUUUGUGAUGUGGGGAAAAUCAUUUCUCUCUCUUUCCUGCUUACCGAC